AUGAGUGCCUCUAGCGCUGGAGAGGAUCUCAGCCGUUAUCAGAGGAGCCGGGCUAAGGCGGCCAGGAGCCGAUGUAAGCGAACCUCUGAGAGGCUAGCCACUAAGACAGCAGCAGCCUCAUCCGAGUGCUCUGUCUCUACAGCAAGGCACGGCUAUCACACGAGGCUAAAUCCGUUGAGUGGGAGUCAGCUUCGCAAUGUUGGACAUGUUGGGAAGAGAUCUGGGCCAGUCAAGAAGCGUGUAUCAAAACUAGUACAGCGUAAGGGAGCGCGCAGGCCAAGUAAGCGAGAGCUGGAGAUCCGAGAAGCGCGAAAUGCCGCUUGGAGAGAGAAGACAGCCCGAAUGAAGGAGCAGUUGCUGGUUGACAAUCCAUUGGAUGAUAUUUCAUGGGAUAUGAAGGAGAGGUUGGCAGUUUACUUCGUUUUAAAGCAAGCCUAUGUCACACAGCCAGGCUCGAUAGCGAAAUAUCUAGCGGGUUCAGAAGUUGCUGCUUUGAUGGGUCUUUCGCCGGGGAGUGUAGCUGCUUGGAUUCGAGAGUAUGAGAUUAAUAUGGAGCUCUCUCAGAGUAAGAGGGGAAGGCACAGUAAGACCUUUUCUCCAAUGUAUGACGAGGCUUUUGCUGACUUUCGUAGGAAGCUCAAAGCAUACGUGAAGUCCGAGUCAUUGGGGAAACAGGGGACGCCUAAUUUGACGGUAAAGACUGUCGCACAGUGGGUUAACACGGAGUUGGGUCUCGAAGGCGAUGAUUGCUAUUCCGAAAGAAGCGUCGGAAGAUGGCUGCAUUAUUUAGACUUCAAAAUCUUCACUCUCAAAAAGACUCUGUACGUUGAUGGACAUGAGCGAUCUGAUGUAGUAGCGGACCGACAGAGGUUUGCCCAUGCCUUGGAUGAGGUUUACCCAUCACUGUUGACCAUUGAUGAUGAGAUCCUCGACGUUAAGCCCAAUCCGGAUGCGACCCAUAUCCUUGUGUCUCAAGAUGAGAAGAUACACCAUAGCAAUGAUGUCCAACGCAGAUACUGGUCCGAUGGUUCAUUUGUGGCUCUGCCCACCAAGUCAAUGGGUAGGACUGUUAUGACAUCGGACUUCCUCUCUGAGAUAUACGGUUUCAUCAAAUAUAGCGACGACGAUGAAGAUGUACCUGGGGAGCGUGCAGGAUCGGUGUUGGAUGUAUCUUCGGAUGGGUACUACAAUAGCGAUAGGUGUCUAGUAGACUUCCAAGAAUGUAGUGAAGCCAUCAAGUCUCUCUCGAAUGGGAGAUAUCACUGCGUAUUCAUGACUGAUCGCAGCCCUAUUCACUGUAAGUAUCCGGGAGAUGGAUUGAAUGUAAGGAUGAUGAACGUGAAACCUGGAGGCCAGCAACCGAAGAUGAGAGAUGGCUGGUUCAUGAAGAAGGGAAAGAGAGUCACGCAGAGCAUGGUAUUCCCCGAAGAUCAUCCCACGCAUCCUGGUGAAGCGAAAGGAUUACGACAAGUUGCUUUAGAGAGGUUCGGCAACAAUGCCGUGAGAGGGAAGCGCCAUGGGGACCUUGUCAGUUUACUAGGAGAAUGCGAGGACUUCAAGUCACAGAAGACAUUGCUGGAGGAGGAGGCAACUGCGAGGGGGGAUGUGGUUAUUUUCGGUGUGAAGUUUCACCCAGAGCUUGCCCCAAUCGAGGCGGCUUAUAGAAGUAUUGCUAAGCAUCUUCGUCUCUUGAAUAGGGCAGGGUCAUCAGCCGGGUUCGUUGAGCGCGUGGAAGCUGCAUCGCAAGUUGCUGACCUGGAUAUUACACUCAUCCGAAAGUAUUUUCGUUCAAGCCGCGAAUAUCUCAGGCAUUAUGUUGAGGGGAAGAGCUUAGAGGAAAUUGAAAGGCUGAGAAAAGAGAAGCGUAAACACCGGGGCGCGUCACCUGUACUAUUGGAGGGUGAGAAUCGCUCACAAACUGGCAAGUACAGCAGGCAAAGAUUGCGCUGA